UAGAGAAUUAGCAACACUUCAACCGCCACUACUACUUCCCUACCUUCAAAGCAUACACCUACGUUCUUUAGAGAAGAUGAGUCAUGUGUGGAGGUGCAAUUGGAAUAGAUUCUUAAUUCGUCAUGAUCCACCUUUUCAAUUUCCAUUCCAAAACCUCACACACAUUCACUUGGAAUGGUGUGCCAAAAUAAAGUACUUGUUGUCUCCUCUUAUGGCAAAAUAUUUAUCCAACUUAAAGAAUGUGUUUAUUUUUGCUUGUCAUGGUAUGGAAGAAGUUAUUUCAAGAAGAGAUGAUGAAAUUACAACAUCUACAUCUGCAUCUUCUUAUCAAGACACCACAUUCUUUCCUCAUUUGGACACUCUCUAUCUUGAACGUCUCCAAUGUCUAAAGAGUGUUGAUGAUGGUGGUAGGACGUGCGGGAGUGAUAAACUUUCCUCCAAUAAUAUGAUUCAUGAUGAGUUCCAGAGUGGUCAAGUAAUCGGUGCUUGUUGGUCAUUGUGCCAAUACCCCACAAAGAUAUCCAUAUCCAACUGUGAUGCAUUGUCAAGUCUAAUUCCAUGGUAUGCACUAGGACAAAUGAAAAGGCUUCAAGAGCUGGAUAUUAGAUAUUGCAAAAUGAUGAUGGAGGUAUUUGAAAGUGAAUCCAGUAGUAAUAAUGUUGAUGAAGGAGGUGCACGUGUUAUUGGUGGUCCACCACUAAAAAACCUUACUAUCCUAGGUCCCCCUCAACUCUCCAACUUAAAAAAAGUGUAUAUCUAUAGAUGUGACCUACUUCCAUUUAUAUUCACAUUCUCCACUCUUGAAAGCCUCAAGCAACUCAAGAAAUUGACAGUAGAAAAAUGCAAGGCAAUGCAAGUGAUUGUAAAAGAAGAAAACGAAACGUCAACAAAAUGUGUGGUGUUUCCUCGUCUAGAGAUACUUGAACUUGAGGAUCUACCAAAGCUCAAGGGUUUCUUUUUGGGGAUGAAUGACUUCCGAUGGCCCUCAUUGGUUAUUGUGAAGAUCAACAAAUGCCCUGAACUGAUGACGUUUACAUCUGGUCAGUCAACAACUCCAAAGCUCAAUUACAUAGAAACAAGUUUUGGCAAAUAUAGUCCUGAAUGUGGCCUUAACUAUGAUGAAACUAUCGGUCAGGGAAAAGAGUUGAAACAAGCUGCUAAAUAUGUCUAUGCUUAUUUUACCACAUUCCCCAAUUCUUCUUCAGAGCCUACUAUUUCAAAAGGGAUCCCUUGCUCUUUUCAUAAUCUGAUAGAAAUUAAUAUAGAGGAUAGAGAUGUUGGCACGGCUAUUAUUCCAUCUUAUGCGUUGCUACAAUUGGAAAAGCUUCAACAGAUUACUAUAGUCAGAUGUGAUGGGCUAGAAGAGGUAUUUGAAGUAGUAGCAUUGGAAGGGAGUGGUUCCAGUGAAUCAAAAACUCCUGUCCCAAUUCCAAUUCCAAACCUAACACAAGUGACGUUAAGGAGGCUAAGGGGUCUAAAGUAUUUAUGGAAGAGCAACCAAUGGAUGGUACUGGAUUUUCCAAACCUAACAACUCUCUGUAUUACUGGUUGUCGUAAACUAGAACAUGGUUUUACAUGUUCCAUGGUUCAUAGUCUAGUGCAACUCCAAGACCUACAUAUAAGUGACUGUGAGGAAAUAGAGGUAAUUGUGAAGGAAGAAGAAGAAUGUGAUGCCAAAGUAAAUGAGAUUAUCUUACCUCGUCUAAAGUCCUUAACAGUAGACCGACUUCCAAGGUUCAAGGGAUUUUGCUUAGGGAAGGGGGCUUUUUUAUUGUCAGCUCUGGAUACUUUAGAAAUCAAGGAAUGCCCAGCAAUUACUGUUUUCACCAAAGGACACGUGUCUACCCCUGAGCUGAAAGUAAUAGAUACAAGUUUUGGGCUUUGUUAUGUAAAGACAGAUAUCAACUCCCUUUUAAAGACCAAACAAGAGGAGGUACUGUUAUUCCUUUCUUUAAUGAUUCUUGAAAAGGCUCAUUUUAAUUACAUGAAAAGAUAA